AUCGAGGUAACCGCUUGAUACCGUAAUACUAUUAGCAUCUCGUUCUUCCAUGGGAGUGCCCUAGUGAUGUACCUUACUACCUUAGCGCGCGCCAUGCCUUCGCCAGCCAGUUUGCCCGCCAACGCGUCCCAGCGACGCCGCGUCGCGAGUACCAUAGACAUUAUAGACAACCCGAUUCCCGAUUCCCGCUUUUAAGAUGAGGUGGUAUAUCCUGCUGCUGGCGCUGGCCUCGGCCCGCGGGCAGGACACGUGCCAGUCCAGCUCGGAGCCCCAAUACCUGCUCUUCGGCACCAAGACCGCAUACAACUACGUCAACAGGAACUUGCCCAAUCUCAACCCGCAGAAUAUACCUGGAUGUCAGGCGAAAGCUAUCUGGCUAUUGAACCGGCAUGGUGCUACCAAUCCAGAGGCGGAUGAACUGCCUCAGCUGCAGCACUUGACAGCCUUCAGGGACAACGUUGUGAAGAACUACCACAAUGGCUACGACAAGGAGCCCAGAAUGUGCCUCGGCGACCAAUCGCUGCUCACUCGCUGGACGUGGAACCCGCGGCAGAACCUCACAUUCGCUGGGGAUCUCACGACCAACGGCUACAUGCGCACUGAGGAGCUGGCACAGAGCUGGGUUAGCCGCUAUCCUAGUCCUCUGACUGAUAACAAACAUGAUUACUUGUUCAAGUUCGCGAAGGACAAGCGUUCCUCGGAAUCCUUCCACGCCUUCACUGCGGGCUUGUUCCGAUCGCGUCCUGAAGAUCUCGACUUGCCGCAUGAAAACGAUGAGAAACUGCUUAUGCCGGACAAAUUCUGUCCAGCGUGGAGCAGAGACAUCGGGGACAGCAACGAGACCCUCAGGCAACGGGACAUCUUCGAGUCCAAGCAUGAAUGGGCGGAGAUGGUGAGCAACAUAUCUUCGCGCCUGGGCUUCACGUAUGACAUCGAUCGCAGCAUCAUUAAGAACAUCUACCAGAUGUGCCGCUACAACAAGGCGUGGGACAUCACCCAGAUAUCGCCCUGGUGCUCGGCAUUCUCCCGCGAAGACCUCCGACGUUUCGAGUAUGCCGAAGACUUAGAAACCUUCUACAAGUAUGGCUACGGUUCGGAGACCAGCCCCAAGCUGGCCUGCCCGCUCAUCAAGGAUAUGAUGGAUUUCUUCAAUAAGCAUGUCAACGCAAAUGUCCCCCAACAGCCGGUCUCGCAGAUCCUGUUCGGCGAAGCCCCCGCUCUGCUUCUAUUGACUGGUGCCUUGGGCGGCCGCCGCGACGAUGCACCGCUCACCGGAGACAACUUCCACACGGUCCCGACUCAGAGCCGCAAGUGGAGUUCUUCAGCCGCUUCGCCUUUUAAUGGAAACCUUGCCGCUGUUCUGUACAAAUGCAAUCCCAACGGCAACUUCGGUUACAAGGACCGGCACCAGAUCCUCUUCCUUCAGAACGAGCAAACCAUGGACCUACCCUUCUGCAAGGUGGGCCUCUGCGAGUGGCCAGACCUCAAGGUCCGGCUGGGUGACAUCGCGAAUAAAUGCAACCUGGACUUCUGCAACGGGGCCGCGACUUUGAACGGUGUUGUGGCUUUAAGUGUUGGUUUGUUUGCGUUCUUUGUGAGAUAUCUGGUUUAAAUUCGUGUUUUCACUCACGUGUAUCGAACGUAUUACGGGGUGGCUAAAAAUAACUACCCCCAAAAACCCCGAACCCCGUUUGCGUUUUCGGGGUUGGUCCCAGAGUGAAAGUUGCUCAGUAUUAUCCCAAAACCUCCCUGGUAACGGGAAUGCAGUUAUUUUUCAGCCACCCUGUAUAUUAGGUACUUUAGUAUGGUAUCAGUUUUGUGAGCGUACAAUGUCAGGACGCAGUGCAUAAUUGUUUUCCUCGUAUUUUCUCGGAAACGUUCGUAUUUGUCCCGCUAAUUUCAGUCAACCUCAGUACUUUUUGUACCGAGACUGACUGAAAUAGCAAGACACGUUAGUACGUUUCCGUGAAAAUACGAUGGAAAAUAAUUAUGCACAUGCACUUACAUCUGUAAUGUUAUGAGAAAGAGCCGGUAGCGAAGCGUCUGCACACAAAGUAAUAUAGGUACAACAAAUCCACCUUAUGCCUGAAUGAAGUCGGUUAAAAAAAGCCGUGACGCUUUGCUACCUUCUGGCAAUUGACGGAUGACGCGAUUUUGUCACCGAUGGCUACUAUACUAUCCGCAAACGAAAGUGACGCCCGAGAUCAUAUUACCAUCUCUUUCACUCCUGCUACGACUAUGCAAGUGUGAAAGGGAAGUUCGACCCCGGCCGUCAGCUUGGUUUGCGUAUAGUAUAAUGUCCGUAACACACUUGACCGUUAUAUUUCCACAAACAUUUCUACGGUAUUAAAGAAAACGAUGCAACAGGAAUAUUUUAGGAAAACGUAUGUACCUAAAUGAGUAGGUAGCCAUCGGUGUACUCCUUAUGUACAAGUACACCAAAUACGCAUUUUGUAAGCUUUAGUAAAAUCUUUGACCAUGAACACUAGUAUGAAUAUUACGAGUAUUGUCAGCGUUUUACGUAGGAGUUUUUUGACAUAUUAAUUCCCAUAACUGUCUGUUACCCUUAUUGUAUUGUUCGUUAUUAGAAAUUUACUAAUAUGAAUUAAACAUCAGUGUCAAUAUGCUUUCGGACAUUUAUGGAGCAUUCCACGGGCUGUCCCGUACAAACGCAUUUUAUUUCCUGUGUUGCGACUUUUUUUCGGCAUUUAAAGUGGUCAAUUAUUUUUCUGUGCAUAAUUUUGACCAUUUGGCAUAGAAAAGGAAACUCUUGUACCUGCAAAUCUUCAGAAAAUCGCGUUUGUACGGGACAAAUGGUAGACAAUUUCAUGGAAUGCUCCUUAUACGUUAGUUAGGUACAUUAUAACAAUAACAUUUUAGACUCGCUUAUCAAAGGAAGACAUUCUAGUACAGAUGUAGUGCAGAACGAUUUUGUAUUUGUAUUUGUAGAAUUGUUUUCCAUCGUAUUUUCUCGGAAACGUUCGUAUUUUUCAUGCUACUUCAGUCAACCUCAGUACUUUUAGUACCGUCACUGACUGAUAUAGCAAGACACGUUCGUACGUUUCCGUGAAAAUACGAUGGAAAAUAGUUAUGCUCCACAUCUGUAUCACAUUUUGUGUCAGUAAGUUCGUACUUUACUGUUUAAGAAAAUUGAAAUUGAAAUUGAAAUCGUUUAUUGCAUAUCACAUAGCAGGUACAGGUGUUCUUAAAUAUAAGCUGUUCAUGUGACGCCCUGUUAGGGCACAGCAACAUGGUUCCACAUAGGACAACAUACUAAUAAAAUCUAAAAAGAACUUAAAUGUGACGUUCCACGGCAAAAGGUACCUUAUGGCGGCUGGCGCUUACGUCUUAUAGCGCCGCAAUAAUAUUGGAGCGGUGUUAAUAAUAGCGUAAGCGCCAACCGCCAUAAGGUGCCUUUACCCGUGGGACGUCACAAAUGUGCCCAAGUAAUUCAAUAGUCAUGGUAAUAAAAAGUAUCAUAUUCAAAGUAUUUUUGAGACACUAAAUAAUGCUACUAGUUUUUAGAGGUUUAGAAGCCGAGAAAACGUAAAAAGUAUAUUUCUUGUCGUUAAUAUUAAUUUUGAAUGUACAGUUAGCAUGUAAUACUUUUUUUUUAAACUAAGGGUCCUGAAGGGGAUAAAACAAACAACCCGAUAGUGGACAGGUACAAUUUAAUUGCCGGCCUGGUUAAGUUUACACUUUUGAGCUUAAACACUACUUAACGACUUAUUGAUAGUAAACUAAAUUUAUAUUUAUCUAACCGGGUUUUAAUUAUUGUUGGUGAUACUUGGUCGAUUGCGCUAUUGGAUAGUUAAUACUAAAAGGUGAAUAGUCCAAAAUCGCAGUUUAGGAAAAAGUAGUGAAAGGCUUAGCUGCACUGUAGCGACAGUCGACGGCUCUCUCUCUCGACCAGAUGGCCGGAGGUUCCAAUAGCUCCGACUCUGGCGGGGCCAGCUGCACAGGUCGACUGGCACAGAAUCUGGCCUACCAAAGGCCGCGCCCCUAGUAGACACCUCCUGUCGGAGGAAAAUCGUCUUGCCGGGGUUUAUGAGUGAUCGAAUAUCAACUCCGAAGUGCCCAGGACGCUCCUGGUUCGCCCUUUCGGGAAACGGGUUAACCUCAAGGUACACCUGAGGGCAGGCAAAGAUGAGAACGUUGUCCCAAUUAUUUAAUAUAAAGCCGAGCCCGGCUAGGUCGGGGAAGAAAAUCCAAGUCCCCAAAAUGGCCGAAUCAUUCUCCCUCGGUGCCUCCUCUUCGAUGUUGCCAGGGUUACAAUCCCAAGGCAUUUAACAAAACUGACGUGAAAUUCUAAAUACGGAAAUUAGAACAGAGCGUGGUAAACGCUGCUGGACAAGCACGGUAUGAUAUUUUUAAGAAAGGGAAAGGAAGACUCGACAAUCUAUACAUUCCUACCCGUUCAUGGAGAAUGAUAAUAAUUAUUUUGGUAAGAACUAGUUGGCGAUCGAACUGGUUUCGAAGGGAUUCAGACCUAUCUCCCUGGCAACACGGAAUCGCUGCCAACUUGACAGUCCAUCGACACUAUUCGAGACACAGAUUUAAUCGCCCGUCCGGCUUCAUAGAAGUAUUUUGUUAUCUAAAUAUUUUUCCAUUACACACCCCCCUAACCAGGAGAAUUUUACGACAGAGGCAAAAGACGAAGGAGUAAAAUUCCAGCUCGCCCUCGAGCUGUGUCACCAGCCGAACGGUGUAAGGAGAAGGGAAUCUAAGGACUUCCCUAGGACGUGGAUUACGGCCCACAAUCGCACGUCGAUUUGUCCCUUGGCAUCAAUUGAGUCCGCGGGGCCGUCGCUGGAAACAAUCGCAUCUAGGCCUACGGGACAAAACAAAGAGAAAACAAAAAAAAAUUGAAGCCAACGUCGCUUCAAUGGACAAACAAAAUAAAAAAAAUAAAUAAAUAAAGCGCUUUCCCAAAAGAUAAUAGACUACCCGGAUUGUGGAGUAUUGGUACGUCUCGUUACAGGAGUCAAGUGGUGUGGACAGAACUUGGCUUGCAGUCUUUUAUGUGCCAUUUACCCAGACGCUUCCCAUUCUCAUCUUCCAACUCGUAGACUAAACGGGAUAUUUUCCGAAUGACGCGACAUUUGUCAUAUUUGGGUGCUAGCUUCGCCGAGAAGUAUUUACCGGCGUUGCUCUGCUUGAAGGUGCGUUUCCACACUUCGUCUCCGACGUUGAAUUCUAUAUCACGACGUUUAUCAUUGUAAUACUUGAUGUUGCGGUCAUGAGCUUUCUGUAAUAAUUCCUUCACGGUCGGGUAAAUGGCCCUAAGGGUCUUAAUCUUGUCGAGGUACUCUCCCCGGGGGGAAAAAACGAUUUCGUCGACCUCCUCGGGGUCGUCGUAAAUUGUGCCAUCCGGUACUGCUUGGCGUCCAUGCACGAGCAGGAACGGAGUAUAUGAUGUUGUUUCAUUGACUGAGGUAUUUAAAGCGAACUGUAUACGAGAAAUAUUCACGUCCCACGAGCGAUGAUCCGAUUCAACGAACGUUGAUAUUGCUGUUACUAGGGUCUUGUUGUAACGCUCUACGGUGUUGACUGGGGGUGUCGAAAGUGGCUAAACGUGUGAGGAGUUCAAAAUGAUCUGCACAAGCUUUUAUUCUCUUAAUAAAGUUGUGUUCAGGUAAUUUUGAACGUCUGAACCGCUUGGCUUACUUUGGUGUGACUGUAUACUGUAUGUACUAAGAUAUCCUAGACUAUCUAGGCCACCUGUAAGUGUCGCUUUAGUACUUAGAUAUAGUUUUUGCUGUGAGAUUUUUCAAUAUUUUAAUAUCAUGCAUUUUAACUGUAUUUGUGGUCGCUUACGAUGUAAUGAUAGGCUUUAUUAUUUUAAGCGUUUUUAGUUUCGAUUAAGUUUUUUAACGUUAUAUUUUGUAAAUAUAGAGCAGUCGUGAGCGUAAUUAUGUGGUAUUAUUCUUUUACUUGUCCUAGUCUAAGUGGAUAAUUGUAUACAUGAAUAUAAACGCCGAUUGUGCCCAGUUUACAGAUGUAGGUAGUGCAUAAUUAUUUUCCCUCGUAUUUUCACGGAAUGUUACGAACGUAUCUUGCUAUUUUAGUCAGUCUCGGUACAAAAAGUACUGACAUUAAGUAACUGAACUUACAUGACAAAUACGAACGUUUCCGAGAAAAUAUAAUG